UUUCCCAAGAGAAGUGAAUUGGCUACCGACUUGGUGGCCUCGCUAGUUGAGGAAGAAGCGCCUAGAAUUUUGGAUUGAUCGUUCACCUAGCUUCUUCCCUUGUGUUUGUUCUUUUUCAAGAUAAAUUGUCGUGCCUCCAGCCUUUUAGCUCGAAUUUUGGAUGCCUAUUGAGUAUUGACUCGCCGAGUCUUGGUUGCGUUACGUUAUUUUUCAUCGGCGUCUUCAUUCACAUGGUUUGAAUGCCCACGGGAAGAAGAUUGAAGUAUGCAAAAGCAGCGUAAAGAGUCAUUGCCAGUAAAGAAGUCAUUAUCUCCAGCCUAACCCACAUACAAUGAGACAACUAAACCAAAUCCAUGCGCUGCUGGUCAAAAAUCCAAAACCCCAAGUUUUAAACCCCUGGCUGGGAUAUCUGACAAACUCUUCAGCACCACAAAAUGCCCUUUUUCUCUAUAACCAAAUGCUCCACCACCCAACUUCCCAUAACCACUACACAUUCACUUAUGCUCUAAAGGCAUGCUGCUUGCUCCAUUCACCCCAUAAAGGCCAAGAAAUCCAAGCCCACGUCACAAAAUCCGGUCACAUAUCUGAUACCUUCAUCCAAAACUCUUUGCUCCACUUUUACGUAAUCCAAUCUGACAUUGUUUCUGCUACCCGCGUUUUUGAUUCAAUACCCGUACCGGAUGUUGUUUCCUGGACUUCGAUGAUUUCGGGUCUUUCCAAGUGUGGGUUUGUGGAGGAAGCCAUUGUCAAGUUUAUGUCCAUGGACGUGAAGCCUAAUUCCACUACUCUUGUGACUGUUUUGUCUUCUUGUUCUACUUUAAGAGCUUUGAAAUUUGGUAAAGCUGUUCAUGGCCAUUGUUUGAGGAACUUUCGGGAAAGAAAUUUGAUUUUGGACAAUGCGGUGUUGGAUUUCUAUCUGAGAUGUGGAUCUUUGGCGGGUGCACGAUACCUGUUUGUCAAUAUGCCCAAGAGAGAUGUCGUUUCUUGGACUAUCAUGGUGGGUGGUUAUGCACAAAGAGGUUUUUGUGAAGAGGCAGUGAAACUUUUCCAACAACUGCUGCAGGGUGGAGAAGCCGAGCCUAAUGAGGCUACCAUUGUCAAUGUAUUGUCAGCAUGUUCUUCGAUUUGUGCAUUAAGUUCAGGCCAGCAGGUGCAUUCCUAUAUCAGUACUCGACGAGAUCUCACGGCGAAUGGCAAUGUGGGGAAUGCCUUGGUCAACAUGUAUGUGAAGUGUGGAAACUUGGAAAUGGCUAUCUCAGUUUUUCAGUCCCUGGAGCACAAAGAUAUCAUUUCAUGGAGUACCGUAAUAUGCGGCAUGGCCAUGAAUGGCCAUGGCAUACACGUGUUGCAGCUCUUUUCCAGUAUGCUAGUCAAUGGGGUGUCUCCUGAUCGUGUAACCUUCCUCGGGUUGUUAUCAGCAUGCAGUCAUGCUGGCCUGGUAAAUCAAGGGUUGAUGUUCUUCAAUGCUAUGAAGAAAGUUUACCGGAUUGUCCCUGAAACACAGCAUUAUGCGUGUCUGGUCGAUAUGUAUGGUCGAGCUGGGCUAUUAGAGGAAGCAGAGGCUUUUAUUAAAGAAAUGCCAACAGAAGCUGAUGGUCCUGUUUGGGGAGCGCUGCUUAAUGCUUGUAAAAUCUAUGGGAAUGAGGAGAUGGUUGAGAGGAUCAGAGAAGGCCUCCGCAAUAGUGCAGGAGUGAGCACCGGAACUUAUGCUCUGUUAUCAAAUGCUUAUGCUAAACAUGAUAGGUGGGAUGAUUCUAAUAAGGUUCGUGAUGAAAUGAGAGAGAUGGGGUUGAAGGCACCACCAGGUCGUAGUUGGAUUGAAAUUGGUCCGUCCAUCUAACCUAUACACACGUGAUCCCAAGUUCCCAAUACAUGGUCAUAUGGUCAUACCCAAGAACCACUUUUUGUCUAACCAGACCCCAUGAUGGGUUUUUAGAAAUUUGAGCCAUGGGACCCUGUGAAUUUGGUAAUAUCAACAGUUGAACCGAAGUUUGAGAUGUACAAAAUCAAUCAUCCGGAAAAUGAGAACCGAGAAGAAGUUGAAGCUGCAGAGGAACAUCAAGGAGAAGGAUAGAUCAGCCAAUGAGAUGGCCCACGUGAGCUCGGGGUCAAGGGGAAGUAGUAAAUGUAGAAAUUUGCUGAAUAGAUCAAGAGAAUCAAGUACAAGCUUGAAAAGGCCAGAUAUAAGGAGGCUUUGCUGAUUGAAAGACUCCUGUCGUUAAACCAAACAAUAGGCAAAGAUAGUUGGAGAUGAACUCCUUGAUGGAGUUAGGGGAGGUCAGAGAAUUAUUGCCUGCCUGGUUUGGAGGUGGGAGGAAACAAGGUUUAAGAUCAGGUGCUAGACGAAUAUCAGAAAAUAUUUAGUGAUUCUUGGAGGACUACACAAGAGGAGAGCAUACCAAAACCUGAUGAAGAAAAUUGUUUGUCAAUGUCCAUUUUCCUUUUUUUGUGACAAAUAUGCAUUCUUUGCAAGUAAAAAAAAAAUGAUGGCUGAAAUUGACGAAAAUACCCCUUCCGAGCAGUAUAAAAUAGCUCCCGGGACGCAAGUAGGGUUUUACACUCAUUUAGUUUAAGAAUGAGGCUUUGCUCUCAGAGAGAGGCCCUCUCUCUCUCUGAAUGGCUGUGGAGCCGGUGAUUUCAACCAAGUCUUACAGACUCUCUCUCUCUCUCUGUGCUGUGUGCACUGCGCACUGUAUCUGGAUCUUCUUUGCUUUCUGUUUCUUUCAUUAUCUUUCUUCUUCUUCUUCUUCUUCUUCUUCCUCCUCCUCGAAAAACCGAAUGCCAAGAGGCGGUGAUGAUUUUUAUUCAGUUUCUCUAAACCAGACGGCGGGAAUGGCGAACCGGUCUACUUGGCGGGGCGACCCGGUUGCCCCCUGUUGGUGAAAAUGACUUUUUUGUCCUUUCACCCACAGGCGGCGCCCGGUGGUCGCAGCCAUGGGAGGCCCGCGUUUGCCUUUCGCUUUUGUUUGACAGAAGGCGAAUCUGAGCCUCG